CAGACUCUGACUGAAGACAGAUCUUAACUCUUUUCUCUCAGGAUUUCAGGAGUGAAGAGACAAUCACCACCUCUCUCUGACACGAAUUUGUCUCAAGUGUACCAAUGGAAACUCCCUCAGUGUCAACCAACAGCUUCACUCUCGAUCUUUACAAAAAGCUGAAUGAAACUUCCAAAGGCCAAAACAUUUUCUUUUCUCCUUGGAGUAUUGCAACUGCUCUUGCCAUGGUCCACCUGGGCGCAAAAGGUGACACUGCAACCCAGAUGGCUGAGGUACUUCGUUUUAACCAGACUGCAAGAGAGACAACAAGGCCUUCUCCAGCAAGACCAAAGAAAAGAAAGAUGGAUCCUGAGCAUGAGGGAGCAGAAAACAUCCACUCUGGCUUCAAAAAGCUCCUGUCUGACAUCAACAAACGCAGAACCACUUACUUGCUGAAGAGUGCCAACCGACUGUAUGAGGAAAAGACCUACCCAUUAUUGCCUGAGUUCUUACAACUCAUUACACGCUAUUACAAUGCAAAGCCACAAGCUGUAAACUUCAAGAGAGCUGCAGAACAAGUCAGAGCACAAAUCAAUUCAUGGGUAGAAAACAGAACUGAGAGGAAAAUACAGAGUCUGCUGCCUGCAGGAUCUCUCCAUUCUCGCACUGUGUUGGUCUUAGUAAAUGCCAUUUAUUUCAAAGGAAAGUGGGAAAAGAAAUUUUUGGAGAAAAAUACUUCUGAGAUGCCCUUCAGAAUAAGCAAGACCAAGACUAAACCAGUACAGAUGAUGUUUUUGAAAGACACAUUUUUCAUACUCCAUGAAACCACCAUGAAAUUCAGAAUCAUUGAGCUGCCAUAUGUGAAAAAUGAACUCAGCAUGUUCGUUCUCCUACCAGAUGACAUCAGUGAUAACACUACUGGCCUGGAGCUGGUGGAAAGAGAGCUGACGUAUGAGAAAUUGGCUGAAUGGACCAAAUCAGACAAUAUGAUGAAAGCUGAAGUGGAUCUGUACCUGCCCAAGCUGAAGGUGGAAGAGAAUUAUGACCUUAAAUCCCCUCUGAGCAGCAUGGGGAUACAAAAUGCUUUUGACCCAAGUCAGGCUGAUUUCACAGGGAUGUCAGUGAAGAAGGAUCUUUUCAUCUCACAAGUUAUUCACAAAGCUUUUGUGGAAGUCAAUGAAGAAGGUACUGAGGCAGCAGCUGCCACAGCUGUCUUGAUGAUGAGAUCAAGAGUCCCAACAAUGACUUUCAAAGCUGACCACCCUUUUCUCUUCUUCAUCAGACACAAUAAAUCACAAACCAUCCUCUUCUUCGGCAAGUUUUGCUCACCCUAGUCAGUAAAUCCUUGCGCUGCAAAGCAAGAGACGCUUGUUAGCGCAGAGGCCAACCCCACACCUGAAGCUCUCUCUACCGGGGGAGUGGGAAUUGAACCCCUUCUUCAUCAGACCACACACCCUGGUGCCUGAGGCACAGCUCCUCCAAUGCCUCCUUCCUAAGCUGAAGGGACAACCACGGCAGUGCCGCGGGGAGUGUGUGAAGCCUUGCGCCCACAGAGCAAUCCUGGCUGUCGUUCGGAUCAGGCCGUCAUGGGUAGCUCUGUCCUCACCAUGAUAAGCUGCAGCAUUUCUACCUCUCCCACUCACAGCGCUGUGCACAAAUAUAUUUUACCAAAGGCUUUCUCCUCACCCUCUUAACGAGGGCUGCUUAUCCUGAUGUGGUCCUAGCAUGUCAUCCCAGCCUGCAGCAGUCAGGCCCAGCUCCUGUGUUUUAGCCCUAGACUAAGCCCUUGAGUUAUUACUGUAGGCAGAUCCUCCCAGUCUUCACCCUGUGGCCAUCCCCUUGCUUUGCUUCCACAUCUCAGCUGCAAGUCUUCAUCAGCUCCCAAUAAACCUCAUGUUGCUCCA